AUGGUUCCACUUCUUGCACUCGCACUCCUCCCACUACUAUCAACUUCGAGCUAUGCCGCCUCCUUGCCCCCGGCCGCUUCUCUGGCACCUAUUUCAAUCCCGUGCUCGGAGCUAGCCCUCUUCAACACUCAGAUUAACUCUGUGCUGGCCGGUCUUGUCCCGCCACCCGGCACACCCAAUGCCGUCCUUCCAGACCUUGAGCCCGGCCUCGCCGCAAUCGGGUUUUUCGUCAACGGGUAUAGAGAGAUGGUCAACAGGUUCAGUCCUACUCUCUGCACCACAAAACCCGAGACCAUCAACAGCACCCAGAUCAUGAACAGCACCGAGACCAUGUACACCACCAAGGCCAUGAACAGCACCAAGGCCAUGAACAGCACCAAGGCCAUCAACAGCACCGACACCAUGAGCACCUUGAACAGCCUGCAAACCCGUCAGACCUCGCCCGACCCGAUCGCGAUUGCGUGCCUGGUCCUGAGUAUCGUUGAACAGGCGCUUUCCGUCCCGUUGCCGGAGGUCGCGGCUAUCUUACAUCUUGUCCAGCAGGGCCUGGGAUGCAGCUCGGGCAAUGGUACCGAUUUCGCGGUUCCUGAUGCACAGGGAGAGGUUGUUUAA